CUGUGCUUAUUGAGUAACGUACACAACAUGGAGAUUCGUAUUUCUCUCGAAAAAGGUGCAUUAUGGUCUUCUGUUUAAAAAAAAACAAUGAAUGAAGAAACAAUAUUGUGAAGCGUUUUAGAUAGAUUGCAAUCUAAUGAUUUGCAGAAAUCGCUUCUGAAUUUUCGUUUGAUUGUGCAGUCUUAGGUUCCGCACUUCAAAGAAGGAUAUGGAACGUGUUUACGAAAUAUUAAUCAGGUAAAAUGAGAAUAAAGUAUUUGUCACAUCAUGAUAAAGCAGAGAGAGGAAAUGAGAAUGAAGCUAAAUGUCCAGCAAUUAUAUCUUCUUGCCAGCUUAAAGAAAUAAGGAAUUGUAAUAGUUCAGCAUGUCAGCAUCUACUGGAAGAGAAACUUGCUCAUAAGUUUGAGGAAAACGAUCUUUUACAUUCACAUUCUGAUGAAUUUGAAUCCGAGGAAGGUUGCACUGAUCAAAAAAUGGCUGGUCAUCAAGCACAAACUAGCAAGCAAGAGGAUGCUGUAAGUUUGAAAAUGGAGGUUGUGUCACAUAAUGAAACAGAUUCAGAAUCCUUGUAUGGUCCAGUGGAAUCUGUGUUCAUUAAGGAGGAAGUUCUGGAAGAUGAGGGAACUGAUGAGAACGUUGUGGAUACAUUAAAGAACGAGAUAGAAUGCAAAGAUGAGGCAGAGUCAGUUGUCCCGCAUAGUACAGAUGAGCCUGUAUGGACACCUAAAAUCAAAGAGAAAUGGUGGCACUGUCGGAAUGCACUAAGAGAGCAAAGUGUUGUGAGUCUGCAUAAUACAGCAACAACAUUGAAUGACGUGGAUGAUCCCAAAUCUGUUCAUAGACCAAUUGAAUCUAUAUAUAUUAAAAAGGAAAAUGUCCAGUCAGACACUGAUGAGGAGCCUACUGAGGCGACAGUUAAAAUGGAAAGCAUAUCAGAUGAGGAACCAGAUUGUAUCAUCUCACAUAGUACAGAACGUGUGUUGGCAUUUAAAAUCAAAGAUAGAUGGCAUCACUGUCAGAAUGCAUGGAGACCUGAAAACAUGUCAGACUCGCAAGAUACAGAGACUUCAAUGAGCAGUGAAGCAGUUUCUGCGUCAGAUCAUUUUGCAUUUGAGUCUGCAUACAUUAAGAAGGAAGACAUCAAUUUGGAGAGUGAUGAUGAGGACAGCUCAAAUUCUGAAGCUUCAGAUAAUAAAGUGCAUGUUAAGAAGCAACGAAGAAAGAGGAGAAACCCUGAAAACCAUCAGCCCCUACAUCUGGAAGAAGUUUUCUCCAUAUCAAAAAAGUGUUACUGGUUCCACAGAAGACCACACAAGAAUCACACUGAUGAAAUGCCAAACUUCUGGAAUAAACUUUUUAUUGAAUCAGUUUUCAAAAAUACCUUUAUCUCUGUGUUCCUUGUAAUAAUGAACAUAAAGGCCAUUUACUGCAGUGGCUUCAAAUGAUUAUGGCUUUAUUGCUUUGCUAGUCAUUACAGGUUUGAAGAGUACUGUCUUGUGGGAUAAAAUACAGUUAGUCUGUUAAAACUCAACCGAUGUUAUGGAGAACAUAUCACCUCCAUCUCGAGGGUCGAAGAAUAAACCGAGCAGGAAACCAGCGUGAAAGCACAGCUCUACUUGCCACCUGCUUUUGUGCUGGUUCUUCCUAGAUGUGUUCUUGAACCCUCAAGAAGGAGGUGAUAAGUUCCUCCAAAAUGUUGGUUGAGUUUCAUUGGGCCAAGCAGCAUCCCAGAAGAUAGUACUGUUCAUAACCGCCAAUGUGAGAACCGCAAACUCUACACUACAAGUUUCAUUUUGUAUUUUCUGGAUGCGUUUGCAUAAUACCUGAUCAAAAUAUACUCCAUAAAUGACUUACACAUGGGUGUUUUUCUUUCAAAAACAAUGGUUCUUGUAGAAAACCUUCCAGUAUAAUCCAGAUGUGUCAGCAUUGUAAAUCAGAGUUGUUCUGAUACAAAUUUCCUCUACUAGCACAACCCAUCUUCCUGCUACAGCUCUGGAUGAUAUUCAGUGCAUCAUUACACGUGAAUACAAAGACAUUUGGAGCAGUAUCAUCCCCUUCCCUCACCUCCAUUAUUAUUGUUAGACUAUCUUUCCCUUUCCUUCUCCAGCCUCCCCACACUUGCUGUUAAAAAUGAAAGAAUGAUGGAAGCGUAGUUCAGAUUCAUCUGCUUUUGUACAAAUUUGUAAUUGUAUAGACCCGAUUAAUCAUGCAUGCACUCAUUGAUAGUGGGACAGCGUGCAAACUGGAUAAUACUUGGUUUAAUAGUUGGGAGUUGCUUGUAUUAAACUGUAUACCAGGCACAUGCUUCAAAUAUUGAAUCAUAUUUGAACCACUGCACUGCAUACAGGCAUAUUAUAUCAAUGCAUACUGAUUUUUGCCAUGACCAAAUUGGGUCAUAAACACUUCAGUUACAUAUUUUAAGAAAUGGGUUGCAUCUGUAACAAGCAACAUGUAAAGGAGCGAUUUACAUGAACACUGAAGGAAAAUGUCAUGUACUGUCACUAUAUCAAUUAUACGUGUCAUACCCCAUUUGCAUAAUUGUGUAUCGUAGGAAUAGCAGUGUUCAUCAAGAAUUUGCUUACCCACACAUUUGCUGAUGUAUGGUGGAUACGUAAUCAUUCAUUUUCGUUAUUUGGUUAGAUAUUACCUUAAA